AUGCGAUAUGAGCAUUUAAAUCAAUCGGAAAGGAUAGCAUUAACGGACCCGCCGGAGUCGAAAUCCAUCCCGAAUAGCUCCGCCGCCAUACAGUCAGAAAACAGGCGCAGAGAUCUGACAGUCGCAGAGGAGGAAAGACCCGUUGCAACCAGCAGCCCCGAUGCCUCACGGAGCUAUUUGAAGCACGAUCACGGGAGGAAAACAGGUGUUGAUAAAUGGCGAGGUUUUGGAGUUCCUAGUGAAGUCAGUAAGGUUGCAAUAGAGCAUGAGGACAAAAAAGCAAGAGCAAAUUAUAGUUGGUUCGUUGCAACCAACUUAAAAAGUUAG